UCUGACUUUCCUUUUCCGGUUUUAGCAGCACGGAGUGCCGCCAGAGGGACGGCAGCAUGCCCCUUUCCUUGUAGGGAUGGGGGCGGCGAGGGAGGGGGGAUGCCGAGGGAAGGAAGAGUUUCUGAUGCUGUGGGAAUGUGAGCUCUCAAACUCUGUAAACAGCUGGUGACUCACUGCAUAACUAUGGCACCAACUGCCUGCGCGGCCCGCGGCGUCUGCAGGGAGGGGGCUGCCGGCCGUUUCCUUUACGCACUGGCAGCGCCUCUGCUCUCCUGAACUUGCCGGGACCGUUUGGCCAAGACGAGGAGCUUUUUCCUUCCUCCUCCGUGCUAGCGCCUACGUCUGCGCCUCUGGCCUGGAGUUGCAAUUUCUGAGCAGUUUUGUCCGGAAGACUGUGCUCAGGUUAUGACGACUAAUCCUAAACCGAACAAGGCAUUAAAGGUAAAGGAGGAGUCAGGAGAGAAUGCCCCUGUGCUGAGUGAUGAUGAACUCGUGUCAAUGUCUGUACGGGAGCUGAAUCAGCACCUGAGGGGUCUCACCAAAGAGGAGGUCAUCCGUCUGAAGCAGCGGAGGCGCACGCUGAAGAACCGGGGCUACGCUGCCAGCUGCCGCAUCAAGCGCGUGACUCAGAAAGAGGAGCUAGAGAGGCAGCGGGUUGAGCUGCAGCAAGAGGUGGAGAAGCUGGCCAGAGAAAACAGCAGCAUGAAGCUAGAGCUGGACGCCUUGCGCUCCAAGUACGAAGCACUCCAGACCUUUGCUCGUACUGUGGCGCGAGGGCCUAUUACCCCGACCAAAGUUGCCACCACCAGUGUCAUCACCAUUGUGAAAUCAGCCGAAAUCUCAUCCAGUUCUGUGCCGUUUUCAGCAGCCUCCUAGUGCCCUCGGUGGGGGGAACUAGCAGCCUUUCAGAGGGGAGGGGAAAAGGCUCUUACGCAUUGUUCUGGAGUCCUUGGUCGUGUCAAGAAUUGGCAUUUUAUCAAUUCUCUUCCAAAAGUGCAAAAAAUAGAGGAAAAAAAAAAAAAAGGAAAAACCCACCCCAAACAUAGAAAGGGAACUUAACUGGCUGCUUCUGUCUGGACUCGGUGGCUCCAUCAACCUCUCGUGUCCAGGAUUUGAGCUCUGUAUGCAGUACAAAUUGCAAGAUCUGCUUCCUCCUUCCCCUUGCCUCCCCAAACCCCUCUCAGCUGUGGGCAGCUUUCCAGCUGGGAGAAGAUACCUGAGGAGCCUCCGGAGUCUUCGUGAAUGAUGCCCAAGAGCCAGGAAACAGAUGGACCAUAGAAAUCAUCAUGUGAGAUGAAUGUAUGGGAAAAAGAGUUUCCUUUAGUGGCAUCCUACUCCCAGUAAGAAGGGUCUCCCCUACCUUCCCCGCUUCUGUCUGAUAUUACGAGGGCAGGGAUAUAGUCUUUUGGAUUAGAUUUCAUCCUGCUAUGAGUGGAUGGGAGCGGGAGGAUGAUGGAGACUAAUGCUUGGGUCUGACCACACCCAUUAGGAAUAACCUUUUGUUUUCAAUCCAUGCUGUUAAAAUAUGGAAAAAUAUAUAUUUUACAUAUUUUAAUAUGCCCCAUUACCUGUGUGGCCUAUAAAAACUACAUUGCAGCCUUCUGUAUUCCAAGCCCAGGUUUCCUGAUAGCUCCUUCCCUAAGGUGUGCCUGUGAAUUGGGUAUAUUUAUGCAGUUUAUUUCUUCCAACUGAUCCGCAAUCUCGAAGUAGCGGCCUUUUUUGUUUUUUGGGUUUGUUGUUUGUUUGUUUUUUUUUUCCGGAUUCCCUGAAGCUGAAGGGAAGGAGGCACAGUAAAUGCUGUGAAGAGCUGUGUGAUGGGGAGGAGAAGGGGAGACGAGGAGGAAAAAUGCUGCAAGUAUUAUCGGGUGGAGGCAGAACUGGCUGCAAGAAGGUGGGACGGUUCUGCUGGGAUCAGCACUAUGAGAAGGGGUUUGUGCAGAAUAUUUCAGAAAGAUGUUUUUAAAGCACUGAAGUGUAAUGAGAGGGCAGUAGUGUUCAGACGGGAAGAGAGAAGUUAUAGAGCCUCCUCUUUGACAAAAGCAUUGGUAGGUUAGCAAUGAACAUCCCAGCUGGAGAGCUGGGCUCACCAGUCUUUGACGACCAGAGAAGGGCUAUGGGAGGUUGGAUGGGAGCUGGAGGAGUCUUUUCCUCUCCGUGGCAUGUCAGGCGCUGAAGUUGGGAUCCAAAGAGUACGGUGUACAACCCACGGUGUUCAGACAACCUGUGUGAAUGUGACCCUGAAACUUGUUGCUUUCUCUUGGGAAUGGGUGAAUUAUCCCGAGAGGCGCACGGAGGGCAGGAUGGAAAAUCGGGGGUGGUGUGUGUGUAGGGGACAGAAGAAUUGGGAUUGAGAAGUCGUUUGUAUGGCUCUGAGCAAUGGUUUGGGAGAGCGAUUUCUGGCUUGGCAGUGGGCAGGAGGUGGGAGGCCAAAAGGAGAGAUUCUGCUGUUGCACAGCAGCACUGAAAAGAUGAAUGUUUCCAGGUCACUGUAAAAAAAAAAAAAAAUAGCUAUGUUGGUGUUUGUGUGUUUUGUUGUUGUUUUUUUUUCUUUUUGAAGUAGGAAAGAAAAGGGACUGUGAGUUUUGCGGGGCAGGUCAGAGACUUGUGGAAUGGACGAUGCCUGUUGUCAUGCAGGUGAGAGCGGAAUGAGAUUGCUGAAGUUUAAGAUGAGGAGAAGAGCUUAGAGGAUUUGCGCUCCAGAACAGAAAACAAAGAUCACGGAGAAUUCAUGAGUGUUUUGGACUGAAAGAGAAUAAUCAAGUGCCACCGUUGUUGCAAAGGGGACAGUGAACUGGCAUCUGACACCCAGUAUAAUUUGUUGUAUGAGGCUUUGUCUUGCCUUGAAUGGCAGUAAGUUUGUAGAAAUUUAGUGAAGCCCUACUUGUCUUUGGAAGAAGUUGUUAGCUUGCUUUUUCUUUUUUUUCACCUUGUCAUUGGAGUCUCUGGAUUUCCCAGGAGGGUCCUUUGUGAAAUAGGUUAAUGAAGAGAGAAACCUCAGACUUGGUUCUCGUUCAGUCCUCAACAUCAACAUCCGUGACCUUACUGAGCCAGAAAGGGUGUAAGUGAAACGCUUCCUGAAGGCUCGUUACCCCUGCCAGAUCCACGUGUUAUGGAGGGGAGCAGGGAGUUUCCUUCAAGUGAUUUUUCCAACAUGUAGAGUUUGGAUGACACUUAGCGUUACCUCAUUUCUCCUCCACUCCCUCCCUAUCUCCAAACAGGCAGAUCGAUGUCCUGUGUAUCAGUACCAGUUAUUGACUCCCACAGCAGAAGCUGAGGAAGAGAAAGAUGUUACUGUCAUUUCCUGGUCCUCUCAUGUUCUCCAGCUCACAGACAUUGGAAACUUUCCCAGACCUUACAGGUGCCUCCAAAAACAGGCAAAAUGGAGACUCCUGGCACUGUUGGGGCUUUAAAUGCAAACUUUAAUGAAAAAGGCCAGUUGACUUGAAAAUGCCCAAAUGCUUCCAGUCUUUAAAACAGCUCCAGAGCUCCAUAACAUGCUUGGCUAGAUAGGAACACCCUCUGGCUGCCCUUGACCCCCACGCCGGGGAAAUCAGACCGGUCACACCAAGGGGGAAGGAGAUUGAACUUUGUUCCAUGGGGUCUUCUUGCUGUUGGAAUGAGUUGAGAAACAUAUCUUUACGUGGCACUUCCCUUGUGGCCAAGUAUUCCUUUUUUUCCAGUUCUUGGAAGGGUGCCAAAGGCUUGUCCAAGUGAUUGCUAGUUUAGUGCUGGUAGGCACUUAAAUCUCUGGUCACUCGAUAAAGAACAAGAGGCCUGGGUGUUGUUAAAGCUGUUGAUACCAUAGCCAUGGUAGGUAAUCCAUAUUGGAUAUCCAUAAGGACCACGUGGAAAUAUUUAAAGAGAGAGAAAUAUAUAUAUAAAUAUAUAAUUAUAUACAUUUUAUCGUACAGAUUUUUCGUAAAAAAAAAAAAAAAAUUUUUUUUCCAAGUUUGAUACUGUAAAUCUUUAUUAAAAGAAAUUGCCAGUCCAGGGCUCCCUGGGUGGUGACCUGGAGGGGAAUGAAAUGUCCUGGCUAAACUUCCACAGAGGGAUCAGAAUUGCAAGGUAACGUGGAGGGAGGAAUGACCCGAAAGCUGUUGACUGCGUUGGAGACCUGGCUCCUCCACCCUGGAGGGCCCUCCAGCUUGGGGUUGUCGCAUUGCAUUCCUCUGGGGUUUGGUUUGUUUCUGUUGUUGUGUUUUGUUUUGUUUUUCUCUCCGUCCUGCACUUGCAAGCCUGACACCCAGGGCGAGCGCUGCGUGGGGAGCUGGCUGCCUGCAGAGUCGCCCAGGCAGCUCCAGCAGCGCUCCCCCACAGCCAUACCUCUCGCUUGUCUCUUUGCUGCAGUAGUUUGGAUGCCGGGGCUCCCUUCUCUGCCCCUCUUAAUUUGUACUCCCCCGCCCCACUGAGGAGUGGGGGCUCUGGGUUUGAGUGCUGGGAUCCUCUCCCCUGGGCCUGGCCUUUCUUUGGUUGCUCCCCAUGCGCAGUGUGACGUGGGAACCAUGGGCUGGAGAAGACAGAAGCGUUGGGCAGGGACCGGGAGGGACAUCUCAGUUCUAGUAGACGUGUUUGCUGUGCUCUCUACUGGGAGUGGGGAACCUUUCCCUCCAGGGCAGCUCCAGAUCCCUUUGAAGCAACUCGGCGUCUCUGCUCUUGCCUAACUCUACCGUCUGCCGGAGGAGACCGCAAAGUGCAAGCUUAGAGACCUGGGUGACACCGCAGCUCGGGGGCGACGGGGUGCUGGCGGGUGAGCCGGUGUGGAGGCGAGCUGUGGCAGGGCCAGGCGCGAUGCCAGGGGAGCGCGGAGCGGUCAGGCCUCUGGAUGGCUCAGACCCGGGGAGGAGGAGGAGGUGGCAUUUUUUUCUCUCUCAAAUCAUUUAAACUUCAUUGUCAUGAUUGUUUUUAUUUAAAAAAAAAAAAAAGAAACAAAACAAAAACUAAGAACUUUUGUAAUGUGGAUUUGUUUUCCUUCGUCUGUAUUUCAGUCUGCUGGGGUGUUUCCGUAGAUGGUGGAUACUUGCUUUCAUUUUUUUAAUGAUAGAAGUCUUCUGUUUUAAGUUGUUUUUUAUCACCAGCUCAUUCUAUCCUCUGUGGUUACUCAGUAAUUUCAUUUCAAUAUUUAUUUUUGUGCUGCUUUUUUAUUAUAAAAUAAAUUAUUGAUAUACCAA